AUGACAUACAAUACCAAGAAUAGCCCUGGGCAACUUUGCCAACCUGUGAAACUGUUCAAAGAGCAAAACAAAAUGGAGAGCAGUUCUAUACUCCAAGCUUUCACUAACAUUUACUUUGCCAUUUUUGCUUUGUUUUGCUUCAAGCUUUUAAUUAAGAUUUCCUUGGCUUUGCUGACCCAUUUCUAUAUUGUUAAAGGCAACAGAAAGGAGGCUGCCAGGAUAGCAGAAGAAAUCUAUGGAAUAGUCCCAGGCAGCUGGGCAGACCGAUCCGCUCUUCAUGAUGCUGCCUUCCAGGGACGCCUCCUCUCUCUGAAAACCUUGAUUGCACAGGGUUUCGAUGUGAACCUGGUGACAACUGACCGUGUGUCAGCUCUCCACGAGGCCUGCCUGGGUGGCCACGUAGCCUGUGCAAAGGUGCUGCUGGAGAACGGUGCUCAGGUCAAUGCAGUCACCAUUGAUGGGAUCACUCCCCUGUUUAAUGCCUGCUGCAGUGGCAGCGUGGCCUGUGUCAACAUGCUGCUCGAAUUUGGAGCCAACCCACAGCCCAGGAACCACCUUGCUUCACCCAUUCAUGAAGCAGUCAAGAGAGGUCACAGAGAGUGCAUGGAGAUCCUUUUGGCCCAUCAGGUUGACAUUGACCAAGAAGACCUGCAGCACGGGACCCCGCUUUACGUGGCUUGCACAUACCAGAGGACAGACUGUGUCAAGAAGCUUUUGGAGCUAGGAGCCAACGUCAAUGCGGGGAAGCUGUUAGACACCCCCCUCCAUGCAGCGGCAAGGAAUUCCAGUGAGGAGGUUGUUGUCUUGCUGACAGACUAUGGUGCUGACCCAAAAUGCAGAAAUGCUGAAUUCAAGUGUGCCCUGGAUCUUGCCAUACCGAAUAGCAAAGUAGAGCAGGUGCUUCUGCUUCGGGAAGGUCCUGCCAGCCUUGCCCAGCUGUGCCGGUUGAGUAUCAGAAAGCACCUGGGUCGGUCGUGCCUGUAUACAGUCCACAAGCUGCACCUACCCGAGCCACUUGAGAACUUUCUUCUGUAUCGUUAAGUCUGUGACUAUCUUUAAAGAAAGAGGAACAAAUGGUUGGUUACUCCAAAUUAUAUCAAAGACAAAAAAAAUUAAAGACAUCAUUUGAACAUCAGAUACCGAACAUCAGCCGCUACGUGACAGUGCAAAAAUUGAAAACUCCUUUUUUACAGGCAGUGAAUGAUAUUAUGGAUACAGUUCCCUCACAGUCUAUUUCCACAUCCACUCAUGCCAGCCUGAAAACUCAUAGUACAUGGACAGCUCACUUGACAUAAUGCACAUGUCCAUCAGCCCACAGACUCACACAGCUUUCCCCUGAAUUUAUUAUAUUUAUUCCCAUAGUGUCUGUGCAGCCUCUUCCUCUUGUUUAUCCAGUCUCACUGCCAAAAUUAAGAUAGUGGCUGUUAUUCUUCCACUAGAGUGAGAAUGAAAGCCUUCAGUGCCUAAUGUCAGGUGUAUUUAAUAUAUUGCACAUCAUUUGCCUGCUUUGAAUUUACACCCUCCACCUCAUUCCCAUAGUCUACUGGAACUGCAGCAAAUUCCAGCAGGCUCUGGCUGUCCAAUGACUGCACAUUCCCUUAACUUGAGCCCAGAUACCACCAAUGCUAAAACAUCUUGUCCUCUGAAGUGCAAAUAGUAUUACCAAGACAGGUGAAGGGAUUUGGAGUAAGCACACAAAAAUUUGUGACAGUCUUAAAAAACUCCUCACCUCUUCUAAAGAAAAAAAAAAAAAUCCCUCCUAAGCUGUGUCAACUGAGAUCUGGCGGUAUUUAUUAACUGAAUGAUAUUUCUUUGUUGAAUUCCAGGGCAGAACUGCAAAUAUUUUCACAGAUCAACUUUCAACAUUUGUCCUUUGCAUGGUAUAUAAAUACACAAAAGAGUGAG